CAUCAGGCCAGCUGCCAGGGCGGCAGGCGCUGGGCUUGGGCACCGUAGCCCAGCCCUGGGUACCCCCUCCAGCAGCUCGGGGUGCCGGGAGGCAGCCUCUGGGGCUGCGGAGCAGGAGGGUAUUUGCCCAGUCACAUGUUGCUUCUGGGGCAGCCCUGGGGCUGCCAGGAGCUCUGCAGGCUGUCCAUCCCUGGCUCGUGCCUGCUGCCCUCCAGGUGCCCGGCGUGUGACUGUCCUCAAAGCCACUGACCAAGUGCGGCGUGUGCCCCCCCUGCUCCUGCCAGGCUCUGAGGGCUGAGUAGCCAGCAGGAUGCCUGGUCUGCUGAACCAGAUCACAGGGGCAGCCCUGCCCCUCACAGCCUCCGAUGUCACCUCCUUCGUCAGUGGUUACGCCCUGGGGCUGACGGCCUCUCUCACCUAUGGCAACCUGGAAGCCCAGCCCUUUCAGGGCCUCUUCGUGUACCCACUGGAUGAAUACACCACAGUGAUCGGCUUUGAGGCGGUCAUUGCCGACCGUGUCGUGACAGUGCAGAUCAAGGACAAAGCCAAGAUGGACAGCAGCCACUUCGAUGGCACCCACGUCCGACCCACAAAUGUCACAGGGAGCACUCUGCAAGAGGGGGCUUCCGCCAUCCCCCAUGCCUGCACGCCGGGGAAGGUGGCUUUGGACGAGGAUUUGGAGCGGAUCCUGUUCGUGGUCAACCUGGGGACCAUUGCCCCAAUGGAGAACGUCACCAUCUUUGUCAGCACGUCCUCGGAGCUCCCCACGCUGCCCAGCGGGGCUGUGCGGGUACUGCUGCCUGCGGUCUGCGCCCCGACCGUGCCUCAGUUCUGCACCGAGAGCACUGGCCCCUCCAGCCAACAGGCCCAAGGCAAAGACAAGCAUUGUUUCGGCACCGGGGCCCUGGACUCCUGGGACAGGCUGUGCCUGGCAACUCUGCUGGACACGGAUGUGUCCAACCCCAUGGAAUACGAGUUCAACUUCCAGCUGGAGAUCCGUGGGCCGUUCCUGCUUGCAGGGGUGGAGAGUCCCACCCACGAGAUCCGCGCUGACGCUGCCCCGUCUGCACCCUCGGCCAAGAGCAUCAUUAUCACCUUGGCCAACAAGCACACCUUCGACCGACCGGUGGAGAUCCUCAUCCACCCCAGCGAGCCCCACAUGCCACAUGUCCUGAUGGAGAAAGGGGACAUGACCCUGGGAGAGUUUGAGCAGCACUUGAAGGGAAGAACGGAUUUCAUUAAAGGGAUGAAGAAGGGCAGCAGUGCAGAGAGACAGAAAGCCAGGCGGCCAGUGGCCUUUGGCAAAAGAGCUCCACGUGGGAGGGAGAGCUCAGUCGCUCACCAGGAGGGAGGCUGGCAUCCAGAAGGUGAACAUCAAUCACGAAGAACAGAAAUCAUCAGGAGGCGCCUCCACAAGGACAUCCCCCACCAUUCUGUCAUCAUGCUCAACUUCUGCCCUGACCUCCAAUCAGUCCAGCCGAACCUGAGAAAGACCCACGGGGAGUUUAUCUUCCUCAUUGACCGGAGUGGCAGCAUGAGUGGGACCAAUAUCCACCAUGUCAAGGAUGCCAUGCUGGUGGCUCUGAAGAGCCUCAUGCCAGCCUGCCUCUUCAAUGUCAUUGGGUUUGGAUCCACAUUUAAGACCCUCUUCCCUUCCAGCCAGACCUACAGUGAGGAGAGCGUGGCCAUGGCCUGUGAUAACAUCCAGAGAAUGCGGGCUGACAUGGGUGGCACCAACAUCCUCUCCCCGCUCAAGUGGAUCACCCGGCAGCCAGUGCACCGAGGCCACCCACGGCUCCUCUUCCUGAUCACAGACGGUGCCGUCAACAACACCGGGAAGGUGCUAGAACUGGUGCGAAACCAUGCCUUCUCCACCAGGUGCUAUAGCUUUGGAAUUGGACCCAACGUGUGCCACAGACUGGUGAAAGGGUUGGCAACUGUGUCCAAGGGCAGUGCUGAGUUUCUGGUGGAGGGGGAACGGCUGCAACCCAAGAUGAUCAGAUCCCUGAAGAAGGCCAUGGCCCCAGUCCUGAGUGACGUAACUGUGGAGUGGGUCUUCCCUGAGACCACGGAGGUCCUCAUUUCCCCUGUCGGCACCAGCUCCCUCUUCCCUGGAGACCGGCUGGUGGGCUAUGGCAUUGUGUGUGAUGCCUCCUUAUACAUCUCCCAUCCCAGAUCCGACAAGAGGAGACGAUAUGGCAUGUUGCACUCCCAGGAGUCCAGCAGCUCUGUCUUCUACCACUCACAGGACGAGGGGCCCAGCCCAGACAGAAGAGACUGUGCCAAGGGUGUGGGCACACCCUUCAGCCUGAGGCAGCCCAAAGAUGCCCAACCGUCCACCAGAGACUCCAUCACCAGUCCUGGUCUGGACUUCUCCCAGCGACGGCGGGCAUAUAGCACCAACCAGAUCACCAACCACAAGCCCUCCCCGAGGGCCACCACAGCCAGCGACCCCUCCUCAGUGCCUGCCAGGAGAUACCCACUGCGGAAAGCCAAACUGCAGGACCUCACCGACCAGACCAGCACAGAGGCCUCGUGGUGGCAGAUUGAUUUGCAGCCCUUGCUGGACAGCGGCCCGGACCUGAGCCAAGGCCCCAAACUCCGAGGCCCAGGUGCCCGCAGGCCGUCUCUGCUGCCCCAAGGCUGCCAGCCCAACCUGCCCUCCAGCCAGGAGACCCAGACCUGGAGCCCCAUGAAAGAGCCUGAUCUUGGGUCUAACCUGAAGCCUGCCCCAGAUAGCCAUAGCCCUGGGGACCUGGAGCCGUCCCAUCAUCCUUCCACCUUCGAGACCGAGAUGUCCUCGGACUGGGAACCCCUGGCCGAGUCCGAGGAGCGGGUCAGUCCCUGCAGGCCCGCGACCCCAAGCCCGGUGUUGGGCAAGGCCGUGGUCAAGGGCCUGCGCGACAGCCAACGUUUGCAGUGGGAAGUGAGCUUUGAGCUGGGGCCCCCCGGCCCGGAGAAAGGAGGGGCACACGACGCCGACCUGUGGAACGAGACCUUCCACCACCUGGCGGCCCGCGCCAUCAUCCGCGACUUCGAGCAGCUGGCAGAGCGCGAGGACGAGAUCGAGCAAGGCUCCAGCCGCCGCUACCAGAUAAGUGCGGUGCACACCAGCAAAGCCUGCAACGUCAUCAGCAAGUACACAGCCUUUGCUCCCGUGGACGUGAGCAAGAGCCGGUACCUGCCCACCGUGGUGGGGUACCCCAACUCCGGUGCUGCGUGGCGGAUGGUCAGCUCUCAGGUCCUGACCCGACAGUGGAGGGGCGCCUCUGCUGGCUUCAGACGGUCUCAGACCCUGCUCGGGGAAAACUCGGCAGCAGGAGAUGGAAAACUCCAGAACCUGAAUGUGGAGGAAAGCCCCCCCGCGCCCUUCAGCGAGACCGCAUCCCCGGGCCGCGAGAAGUAUGCUGCUUCGGAAGGUCCCCUGCGCAGUCUGGCCACCAAUACCCUUUCUUCCUUGAAGGCCUCAGAGACUCUCUUUGGAUCCAGGCUGAAUUUGAACACAUCCAGGCUGCUGACUCGAGCAGCCAAGGGCUUCCUGAGCAAGCCGCUGACCAAGGCUCCAGACCCAACCCCAGGGAGCCAGAGCUUCGACUACAUCCCGCUGGUGUCUCUGCAGCUGGCCUCCGGAGCCUUCCUGCUCAACGAAGCCUUCUGCGAGGCCAUCCGCGUCCCCAUGGAGAAGCUCAAGUGGACCUCACCCUUCACCUGCCACCGAGUGCCCCUGGGCCGCCAGCCCAAGUCUAAGAGCCCGAAUCCCCAGCUGAGCACGGCCAGCGCCUCAGCCCCGCACCCCUCCUGUGAUGGCCGCUCCCCAGAGCCCCCCGCUGAGGGCAAGCCGGGCUGUGAGACCGGGGCUGCGAUCGAACACACGGGGAAGCUUUGGGCCACGGCGGUGGCGCUGGCGUGGCUGGAGCACAGCUCGGCCUCCUACUUUGUAGAGUGGGAGCUGGUGGCGGCCAAAGCCAGCUCGUGGCUGGAGCAGCAGGAGGUGCCCGAGGGCCGCACGCGGGCCAUGCUCAAGGCGGCCGCCCGGCAGCUGUUCGUGCUGCUGCGGCAUUGGGACGAGAACCUGGAGUUCGAUAUGCUUUGCUAUAACCCGAAUUAUGUGUAGUGGGGUGAGGGGGGAGAGGGAGGGGACCGUGUGGGCCUGGCGGGGGUAGAUUUUGAAGCUGUAGCCCAUACACUGGUUGCUAGAAAGAGCCCGGGACCAGCAGUCUGGAGGCCUGAGUGCAACCCCAACUUUGCUACCACCCAGCUGUGCAACUUUAGACCAGCCUCUGCCCCCUGCCUGGGCCUCGGUUUCCCCACCUGUAGAAUAAGUGUGAGGGGUGAGGGAGUUGGACUAGAUCUCUAGAAGCUCUGCAGGUCCCUUUUUGCUAGACAUCCAGGGAGCCGUGGGUGGGGAGAGAGAAAAUAUAGAAUUUGAACCCAAGGUCUCUCUGGAGGAGGGUCACGUGGGCAAAGCCCCUCCCCUCCAAUAAAAGGGUGGAUGAGCGAACCCAAAGGCUGCUAGUAACCAGACCCACGAGCUUUGGUCUAGGCACGGGGGGACCACCUCUGCUUGCUCCUCGGUGACAGCCCAGGACCCCUAAAUCCCACUUACAAACCAACUGGAGAACAUCCUUCCCAAUGCCUUACAAGAGUCACCCAGGAGCCUCUUCCCUCGGCCUGGGAGCCCUUAGUAUUUUUUAGUUUGCAGAUUUACCGUGACUUUCUAUCUAAGAAGAGGCGGCGGGGAGGAUAAGGGAAGACCUCCAAGCUGAGGUGUGGAAACUAAGAUUCAUUGUGCGCAAAAAAUAGUCCCAAAAGAAAAGACUGGACGGCAGAAGUCAGUGGAGAAAGCAAGCUUUCAGGAAUUGUGCAGGUGAACUCAGCUUGCCCUGAGGGGGCUGGGGGGACCCCCCAUGUGGGCUGCACUCCAGCCACACCACCCUGGGGGGAGAAUGCCAGCAGAAUGCCCUAGGGGCAUGGAGAAGCGGAGCCCCCAGGGACUGUGGUGUCCGCCCCUCAUGCCGCCCUGGCCUUCUCUCGGGCUCCAGAAAGCUGGAGAUCCAUCCCCAGGCGAGAAGAAGGGGCUGGAGGCAUCAUAUGAAGUCCCACCUGCUGCCUGGCCCACUGCUCGGCUUCAGAAUCGCCCUCUGGGGAGGAACUGUCCCAGCCAGUCCCCAACACCAACCCCGUGGCCACCAUGACCCUAGCUGGGGUGUCGGCUUAGAAUCAGUGCCACUGAGAGGGACAAGGGGUUUAGGCUCUUGUGCCCAAGGCCUCUAGUAGGUGUGAGGACAGCCUUGUCCUCUCCCUACACACACACACACACACACACACACACACACACACACACACACACAAAAGUAAUGUUUCUGCAGCCAGCAGCCUGCAGCCCCAGCUUUAGGGUCUAGAGAAAGGAGUGUGACAUCUCCUCCUUGGCUCGCCGUUAAUGGAAACAACUGUCAGGCUGCAAGUGGGAAGAUCUGGCAGUGGUUUGGGCAACGGCUUCCCCUUGUGGGGUGCCCUGGCGCUGGGAGCCUCCCCCUGCUCCGUCGUUCCCAGACUUCCUGCCUCCGAGAUGGUUCCCUUUUAGCGACCAAGGACUUGCGCUCAUUAUCUGUGUGGUCUUGAGCCAGUGGCAUGGGCUUCCUGGGCCUCCUUCCUCCUCUUACACAAUGAGGCUGGGCUGGGCUGUCUAGCCUUGUGAUUCACCUGGUUCUGGGCCUCCAGGCUCAGUGUGGACAGUGAGCAGGUUGAAGAUGGCCCAGCAGAGAGCUGAAAGGGGUAGUCAAGAACCCAGCAAGGGGGUGGGUGGCCGGCCCCCUUUUCCAGGGACGGUCCUCAGAUCUUGCUCCAACAGCACUGCUGGGGCUUUGGGCAAUUUUGAUACACAAGCAUAUUGCUGACCUCUGACCACCAGCGCCCCACCCCGGCUCUCCUGCCCAGCACCCAAAGGUGCAAAGGAACAGAUUCUCAUUGAUUUCAAAUAACACGAGGGCUCUGAGGGACAUUUGGAUAACACAUUUUUUAAACACCUUCAGAGAUAUAGUGAUGACAUGUAAUCUCUAGAAAUUGCCCCUAGGAUUACCAAGCAGAGAAAGAAAGGGACUCGCUUUAAGGAAAAGAUAAGAACGUUAGGUAAUUAGCACAGGUGCUGAAGCCAAGAUGGUUCCAGAAAUUCUCAAAGAGGGAAACAUUGCCCCUGCACUUGGGAUUAACUUGGAUUAACCUGGAUUCUUUGUUAAACUAGCCCUUGCCGUCCAGGUCAUGCAAAGAAACAUUUAUGCCCUGCCUGGUUGAAGAAUCAGGAGACUGCAAAUGCCUAGUGGCGCUGUCCAACCAAGGCUGGCCUUCGGUGGGGAGAGCACUAAGGAGAGUGGGGGAUUUCAGUGCCCGUCUAAACCCCAACAGUGUGCUGUGUGACUUCCGGCAAGUUGCUUGCUCUCUCUGGGCCCUGUUUCAUCGUUUGUAGAAGGAGGAGGUCACACUCAAUCGGCUCAUCCAAUACCGACCCUGGGUUGAUAUGUGAAUUAGCAAUUCAUGAGAAACUGUCCCGGCAGGCAAAUAUGUUGGGGAAACACUAAGAAAACAGGUUUCUUAAGGUCAAGACAGACUCAAGAGUCAUGAAUAUGUAAAUAUGUAUUGUCAGUCUCCAAGGAGGUGGAUUCAGAAGGUCACUCCCCCCUGGGAGGUUCAGUUGGGAAAAUACUGGUGGAGAUCUCCCUUCGGAGUUUCAGACACUGACAUUCAGAGCGCCUUUAUUGGGAGCCUCCCGGAUGCCAGGCACUGGGGCAGCCGAGUGACCGUGUGCUUUGGAGCUGGGUGAGAAGUAGGUGAAGAACAUCUGCUCCACGAGUGUCCCACCCCCUGGGGCCGCUGGGUCUCAAGCUGCCACAUGGCACUGAUGGUGUGACAGAACCACCCACAGCAGCACCCGCAGCGGUAGCCAGAAUGGAGGUAGUGUGGAACUCCCGCAGAGGCACCUGCCGUGAGCCCCUUGGGCCAAGCGGGAGCACACAAAAGCGUCCCAGGGGGCCAGCCUCCCUCCACACACGGAGUCCUCCCUCUGAGCCCCCCACAGCUGAGGAGGCCAAACUCUGGAUCCCGGGAAAACUGGGCCCCACUCUUAGGCAGAUUUGCACUGGAUUUGAAAAUAAGCAUAGAUUUCUGGCCGAUGCAUUUGCAUUUUCCCAGCCUUGCCCUGCCUGUGGACAAAUGGCAUCUACCGUCAUCCACUGCUGUGAAGGAUGAAUGGAGUCACUAGUUCCAAAAGGACCUGCUGGGGAUGGGGUUGGAGGUUCACCUGCUCUCUAGGAGGGGAGCCUGCUCUCUUUCUUAGCAGGGACUCCCACUGAAAGAAGUGAGGAAACGGAUCUCCCCUGUUCUGGGGGCAGCCCACCCCUGGCCACCGGCCACCCCAUUCACCUGCCCCACUAGCGUCUGUGGCACAGCACCCACCAAGGCAGGAUCCAAAUGCUGCUGCCCGCUACUUGCCUAUUGGAACAUCUCCAAGGGGUCCCAGGGCACAAAUGCACUCAGCAUCCUAGGGCUCCGGGAAGGGAAAGAGAAGGGCGUCACUACCAGGAACAGGCUGUGCAUUCACAACCCGUGAGAGAGCUUUUAUUUCCUGCCACCAGCGAGCAGGGACUAGGGAAGUCUGCCCCCGCAAACGGGCGCGUUCCUCAGCUGGAGCACGUGCCACAGUGCCAGGACAAAAAUAACCAGGGCAGGGGCGUGCGUGGCAUUUUGCAGCUGGAUAAGCUGCUCUGCAGAGAUCUGUCCUAAGGUCAGGAGCGUGGCUGCAGCUCCCAGCCAGGCUCCCAGGCCCUCCGGCAGAGCCCCUGGACCCGCGUGUUCCCCCGGCCCCCAGCCUGCUCACUUUGGCCUUUCAACAGCACUGCCUCCCAGGUUACCCGCCCAAGUGGGAUUUCUCCUGUUCAUGCUGCAAACCUCCUUAGCUCGGAGCCAGCUGCCUUGAGCUUACAGCUGCUUCCCAAGGCAACGCGCCUUGCCUCAGUGUGGUCGAACGUGGUGACACACGCCGCCGUGUAGUUUCACUAUUUGCCCAGGUGGCUUUGGCUCAAGUGGCAUGGCCGGUGCUUGUCCCCCCUCGGAGCCUUAAGUGCCUACAACGCGCUGCCCUGUUCCUUUGCCUGCUCAUCUGUGAUGUCCCCACGAUGCCUGUGACACUUCUUGUUCUCAGAAUACACUUUGCCUUUUUCCCGGUAGCCUGUCCUGUCCACACUGUGGAAGUCCUGGAUGUCAGCCACCUUACGUCCACCGAUAAUUAGCAAACCAUGCUCUGGGGCUGUGUGACUGUGUCUGUCUUCAAAGGAAUGGCUUAUUUGUAAAUGGUGGCUACUGUUCUCUCAUAGGCGUUUAGCUCAUAAAAACUAAUGAACCCAAUGAUAAGACAAAA